UUGUUCAAGAAAUGGAGAAAGCAGAGAAUUUAUUACAAGCAUUCAUCCUGAAUCCAGUAAUUGGGCCAGAGCCAAUCACUGGAUCUUCCCGCAUGAAGUCAGGAACCACAACUAGGAUCUUAUUGGAUGUUUUAUCUGUGGUUGCUGCCCUUGACUACCCACAUUACAUGAUUGCCCAACUGGUGAACCUUUAUGAAGCUGCCUGUCACAGUGUCUAUAAGGCCCAGCCACAGCUGGUGUGUCUAAUACAGCUGGCAGCUUCCUGUUUGUUGAGUGGAGGCCAUGUGUACUACAUUGGCAGGGAAGGCCCUGGGCUCACAGCCAUGAUUGAUGCCUCUGAGUGUCUGCCCACCUUUGGAGCAUCAUUCAAUGAUAUUCGAGGCUUUGUUGAUGGUGGAUAUAAUCAACUUGACAACAAUGAGGGAGACCUGAUCUCACUGGAAGACUUUACCCAGGACAUCCAACCACACCUGCAGGUCAAUGACCUGGUAGUGUUCUUAGAUCCAGAUGAGCUGCACAGGUUUGAGCCAAGCAUGUCUGCCAUGCCAUGCAGGAAAGUGGCAGUGCUGCUGACACAAGAAGAUGUUUCCCAAGGAGUUCCAGUUUGUGACUUCGUGUUAAACAUCAAUUUGGACUUACCACAUCUGAAAACCUGGACAGCAGAGUCAGGGAAGAAUCUGGUUUACCAGCUGGCAAAAGAAAUCUCCUUCAAAUGGCUCCUAAAUUGCUUAUCCACGGCGGCGCAUGUCCUCAAGGGUAAAGUUUUCCAAAAUAGCAUGGUGGACGUUCGUGUCGGCAACUCCAAACUCUUUGGCAGGGCUGCCAGGAUCAUACAGAAAUACUGUGGCCUGAGUGUACAAGAGGCAACUGAGUACCUGCUGAGAUCUAUUUAUGGAACAGAUGCACUGACUCCGGAGCAGAGAUCCGGACAUGUUGUCAACCAUGUCCUAGUAGCCUCACAACAAGACAAG